GCACUUGACAGCCAGUUGCGGACGCCGCGUCAGCUGGUUUUGGAGUUGCGUUGCGUGCCGGCCGGUCGGGGCUCUCCGGUCCUGCCGCCCCUGCCGCCCCUGCCGCAGCCAUGUCGUUCUUCCCGGAGCUAUACUUCAACGUAGACAAUGGCUACUUGGAGGGACUGGUGCGCGGCCUCAAGGCCGGGGUGCUCAGCCAGGCCGACUACCUCAACCUGGUGCAGUGCGAAACGCUAGAGGACUUGAAGUUGCACCUGCAGAGCACAGACUAUGGCAACUUCCUGGCCAAUGAGGCCUCACCUCUGACAGUGUCAGUCAUCGAUGACAGGCUCAAGGAGAAGAUGGUGGUGGAGUUCCGCCACAUGAGGAACCAUGCGUAUGAGCCACUUGCCAGCUUCCUGGACUUUAUUACUUAUAGCUACAUGAUCGACAAUGUGAUCCUGCUUAUCACGGGCACGCUGCACCAGCGCUCCAUUGCUGAGCUUGUACCCAAGUGCCACCCACUAGGCAGCUUCGAACAGAUGGAGGCCGUGAACAUUGCACAGACACCUGCUGAGCUCUACAAUGCCAUUCUGGUGGACACGCCCCUGGCGGCUUUUUUCCAGGACUGCAUCUCAGAACAGGACCUUGAUGAGAUGAACAUUGAGAUCAUCCGCAACACACUGUACAAGGCUUACCUGGAGUCCUUCUACAAGUUCUGCACCUUGCUGGGUGGAACCACGGCUGAUGCCAUGUGCCCCAUCCUGGAGUUUGAAGCAGACCGCCGCGCCUUCAUCAUCACCAUCAACUCUUUCGGCACAGAGCUGUCUAAGGAGGACCGUGCCAAGCUCUUCCCACACUGUGGACGCCUCUACCCUGAAGGCCUGGCUCAGCUGGCUCGGGCUGAUGACUAUGAGCAGGUCAAGAAUGUGGCCGAUUACUACCCGGAAUACAAGCUGCUUUUUGAGGGUGCAGGCAGCAAUCCUGGAGACAAGACCCUGGAAGAUCGAUUCUUUGAGCAUGAGGUGAAACUGAACAAGUUGGCCUUCCUGAACCAGUUCCACUUUGGAGUCUUCUAUGCCUUUGUGAAGCUCAAGGAGCAGGAGUGUCGAAAUAUUGUGUGGAUUGCUGAGUGCAUUGCUCAGCGCCACCGCGCGAAGAUUGACAACUAUAUCCCCAUCUUCUAGCGUUCUGACUCAAGGCUUCCAAGUGUCCUGUGUAUGUUUGUGUGUGCUGUGAUAAAGCCCAUGGCUCACCUGCCUGUCCUGGGGGUGGGUAGCACGUUGUCCUAGGGGCUGUGCAGCUUCCCUGACACCUCCCCAUCCUACCCCGACUCUUAGAUCUGAAAAGAGCUGGGUACUUCUCUCCUGACCAAGAAUGGACCAAGAUCCCCUCAGAGCAGUGAUGCCCCAUCAGCCCUUUGUUUACAGCCACUGACAUGUCUGAGAAACAUGUGGUCACUUUCAUGGCCUCCCCAAACCUGAGUACCCUAGGGGCAGUAAGAGCCUCCUUUUUCAGAGCUGUGGCCCAUGGGAAGGGUAGAGUAUGUGUAUCCUUGGGGCAUGGGGAAAGUAGUUCUCCCUCAGCUCUGGACCUGAGACAAUAAAACUGCCCUCUCUAAACCCA